AUGGCGGCGGCGUCGGAGGAGCGGAUGGCUGAGGAAGGAGGCGGCGGCAGCGGCAGCGGCGGCGGCGGCGGCGGCCACGGCGACGGCGGCUCGUGUUCGGCCGCCAGCUCUGCUCAGCGACAGCCCCCGCUGCCCUCGCCCCAGACCUCGCAGCCGGGGUCCCAGGCGCCCCCGACGCCGGCGCUGGCUCCCGACCAGCUGCCUCAAAACAACACACUGGUGGCGCUGCCCAUCGUAGCCAUCGAGAACAUCCUCAGCUUUAUGUCCUACGACGAAAUUAGCCAGCUCCGCCUGGUUUGUAAAAGAAUGGACUUGGUCUGUCAGAGAAUGUUGAAUCAGGGAUUUCUGAAAGUGGAAAGGUACCAUAAUCUAUGUCAGAAACAAGUUAAAGCACAGCUUCCAAGGAGGGAGUCAGAGAGGAGAAACCAUUCUUUAGCUCGCCAUGCAGACAUCCUUGCUGCUGUGGAAACAAGGCUGUCACUGCUAAAUAUGACUUUUAUGAAGUAUGUGGAUUCCAACCUCUGUUGCUUCAUCCCAGGAAAGGUGAUUGAUGAGAUUUAUCGAGUGCUGAGAUACGUCAACUCUACCAGAGCGCCGCAGCGAGCUCAUGAAGUGCUACAAGAGUUGCGGGACAUCUCCUCCAUGGCAAUGGAGUACUUUGAUGAAAAGAUUGUUCCAGUCCUGAAGAGGAAAUUGCCAGGAUCAGAUGUGUCUGGAAGACUCAUGGGCUCUCCUCCAGUUCCAGGACCAUCUGCAGCCCUGACAACAAUGCAGCUCUUCUCCAAGCAAAACCCUUCAAGACAGGAGGUUACCAAACUCCAGCAGCAGGUUAAAACCAAUGGUGCUGGCGUGACUGUGCUCAGGCGUGAAAUUUCUGAGCUUCGCACCAAAGUGCAAGAACAGCAGAAACAGCUUCAAGACCAAGACCAGAAGCUGCUAGAGCAGACUCAGAUCAUAGGUGAACAGAAUGCACGGUUGGCAGAGCUGGAACGGAAGCUACGGGAAGUGAUGGAAAGUGCAGUCGGAAACUCCUCAGGGUCUGGGCAGAGUGAGGAGUCUCCUCGGAAGCGAAGAAAAGCAGCAGAAGCCAUAGACUCUCUUAGGAAAUCGAAGCGUCUUCGGAAUAAGAAGUAAACUGCAGUGUGGGUCUAGCUCCGAGGAAGACAUACACAGCUUGGUAGCUUCAGCGAUUAUGCAUAUCAGGAUGCUGGGAGCAACAUUGUGUCUCUUAGGCUGCUAGGCUUUCAGAACACAACUUACACUUGAACUCUUGUGGUUGGACGUCCUUUUCCCGCUUCUCCGGGUGGAACUGAUGCACAGUCUUUUUACUUUGCAAUAGCUUUGUACUAACUAACCUGACCCGCUCUAUCAUGUUUGGGAGUUAACUUUGUUUUCUGUGCAGAUAAUGUUUGUUUGUUUAUGCAUAUAUGCACAUUACAUAAGGAUCUUAAACAAACCCAGUCUUGACAGACUAGAAGUUAAGUUUAAUACAGAAAAUGUCCUGUUCACUUGAAAGAAAAAAAUAUCUACUUUUUAAAUGGACACUAUCUUGUUUAAAAAAGUUGACUUUUUGUUAUAAGUGACCUUUGUCUGGAAUGUCUGAAAAGUAGUUAAUGCUUUUUGGUAUUGAAGUAAUGGGUAACUGAAAGGACUUCAUAGCAUUGACUGUAGAAAGAGCCUCUACAGUAUUGACUUAUAUAUUUUUAUAAACUACUGGCAAGGGAUGUAUCCAGUUGUUAUAUACAUGUUUUCAGUUUUCUUUGGGGCUAUGUCCUACAUUUGCAUGCAUGCAUGCAUUGCCCAGUCAGCUCACUGCAGAGCUCUGCACUGGUACUGAUCUUGAGCCUCCACACGCCUCCACUCUUAGAGCGGCGUCUUCAUUGAUUUUAGCGCUUAACAUCGCCACCGCACCAACAGUUUGCCUCUAUGGGGGAGUUCUUAGUCCAUUUGUCCUCCAAGUUGACAGGAACAAGAGACUGUCAAAGCCCAUUGUUUUACUGUUCUCUGUAGGGUUCAGCACACUGGCUGAGGCAGAACCCCCAGGUCCAAGGCUCUUAUCUAUUGAGACCAGACCUCUGGGAACUCGUACUAACCCUGACUCCUCUCUGUGCUCGUGGUCAAAUGGACUGAAUAGGGACCCAGCUUGCAGGUGCAUUUCUGCCACUGAAGGAAAGUUCACUGAAGAAAAUUUUACCAUGAAAAAGCAAUUUGAUAUUUUAUUUCUGGAGGAUGACCUGAGGGAGGCUUUCUAAUACUAACUUCAAGCUUUCCUUCUAUUAUAACCUUAAACAAAAGCUUUAAUUUUGUUUGCAAUCCUGUUCCAAGCUUGUAACUGGAAAAGCAUGUCUUGCACUGUUCAACCUUCUCAGUGGUCACUGUAACAACCUCCAACUUGUAUACAAUAGUUCUUCUCGCCCGUUGUGUACUUUUGAAGCAUUCAACUGUCACUGUCCUAGUUUUAUUUUAAUGUACUAAAUUAUGUAGUUACAUGUUAAGUUCCUUUAAACAUCUGUUGCCUUGGGCUUCAGUUAUUUAAAGCAAAUUUAGGUAUAAUCUAAAAACUCCCUUUCCAGGUAGGAGUCGGCAUCUGUGUGGAACCUAAGGUUUUGGUAAUUGGAUAAAAGCACAAGGUUGUCAUCCAUCCAGCGUGACACAGUUAUGCAUCCUUUAGGUUAGUCUUGCCAAAUGAAACUUGCCUGUUAAUUUUUAGUGUUGUCCUUUCAUAAUAUUGUCCUUAGAUUUUGGUCUAUUCUCUGUCUGACUUUGAAACUCCAUUUAUAAUGUAGUGUGUUUUCAAUGAGAAACCAACCAUAAAAUAACAUCCAAGUGUUUCAUGGUUUGUUGGGAAGGUAAUUUUAAAAUAAACAAGUUUCCUAAAAACAUUUGUCAGCCAAGGUCAUCCAUAAAAGCCCCUGUCUGGAAUUCAUUUUCUCAGCAGGUCUCAUUUUUUUAGUCAUAGGAGGUAGCCAUAUUAACUUAACUUUGGAAGAGGCCUUAGCCUGCAUUUCUUAAAAUUUGGAAGAUUUGUUGAAAUAUCAGAGUCCAGGUUUACAAAGCGUGGUCCUUAUGCAUCAAAGAGAUAAGUCUCAAAUUCUGUAAUACUGUUUUCUAAAUUUAUUUCAGAACUUCAUCUAAAUAGCCUAGUCUUCCAUUAGAUAAUAUGAGUGUAUGGUUUUCAUAAUGAGCAUUCACACUAUUAGAGGGUAAGUCUGUUCCCAAAGGCAGAUUUCUACAGCACACACCUACAAUCCCCAGUCCAUAAGGUGGAGUUGGACCUGUUAAUUCAUGUGUGUCCAUAACCAGGAGAGUGAAGCACUACAUACAGUUCAGUUGCUAAAGCCUCGCCCAGAGUAGCUAAACCAUAUCAGGAUGUUGCCUUCUCCUAUUAAGACGGUUAUUGGGGAGCUGUUAUACUUGCUUCUGGUUAGCAUAAUGGUGUUCAAAGUUCUACAAAUCAUAAAUUAUUUUGAGCAACUAAAACUGACCUGGGACAAUUCUAAAUCAGCCUCCUGAGGGAAGGAACUCUCUUAGGAGUUCUCUCAGUGUUACGUCAAACUCUUAAGUGCGGUGGGUGGUGUCAGUACCCUUUUAAAAGUAUUCCCACUCUCUUCCUUGAUUUCCCAGAGGAGACUUCUCGAAGUAGCUCAUUCCCAGCUAUAUUUACCUUGGUGCACUAGACACAGAUAUACAAAUGUGAAGAAAUAUGUAGAAACAGUGAAGAGGACUGGUUCCCCCCCCCCCCCCGCCCCCACAGCCCAACCAGAUACUCUGUUAUCUCCCACAUAGACCUGACUGACUUGGCUCUCCCCUGUUCUGAGGUUAUAGAACUUUCCUCAAACUUUUGAUGUGCAGGGGCUGAAACUAAUGGAGGCAAAUUCAGAUAUAUUCAGAGUAGUCCUAUUUUAAUGACUUGGGGUGCCAUCUGGUCUACAGUCACUGGUUUGGAGGCAACUUCUUUUUUUUGUAAAACAUUUUUGGAGUACUGAACUCUACAGGGGCUUGCCUUAAUCUUUAGCAGUUUCAAGAUGUAUACGCUAAUAUUCUAUGUAUUAAAAUGUUAAGAUACUCUAUGUAGCCCCUAAAGUGGGUAAAACCGUCUCAGUAAUGCCUAAAUAAAUAAGCUAAAAGGUGUCACUACGGUGGAUUUUUGAGAGAAAGUGAACAUAUUAAAAAUAGGCUAUGUGUCAUAAGAAUAAUGGCACCUUAGGAUUGCACUAUUUUAUGCAUUAUUUUAUAUGCCAUUCAUAGCCUGCACUUUAAUCUCCAAAGAAUGGUGUGUGGUCCCACUUGUUCUUAUUAAUAAACCUUUUCCUAAGCCAGGGCACUUGAUUCUAUUUUACUAUGCUUAAUUAAUUUCUUGAAGGUGGAUUCCUUUUUUGAGUUCUCUAGUUCCUUAGCCAUAAUAUUUUCUAGGAUCUUGGAACUCUUGUCAAUUUUCAGCAGUAUGUAAUUUUAAUUUAAUAUGAUGUAAAUCUCAUAUUUGGUGAUCAGCACAUACUUAGAUCUCUAGUGGUGAGUACCCAUUUAUUACACAUAAUCAAACUCUAAAAAUAGAUGCUCUAAGAUCUCAAAGCAGCAGUCAGAGGCCUGAAAGCAAAGGCACUAAAAUGAUCCAGUUGUGCGACAGCAGCUGGUUCCAACAGGAAACUGAGUUUGCUGUUCAAUUCUUUGACCUAGAAGCUGCAUGAAUUCCAUUGGUACACAAAAGGUUAAGUUAAAAAAAAAAAAAACAAAAACUACUUAAGGCUUUAUAGCCUGACGUCUACAGGAAGUUAUGUCCAAAAAGUGCUAAGUCUACAAGAUGGCAUUAGCAGUGAACUACUGCCUGCCGUGAUCUCACUUUGAAUACCAAUGUUUACAAGGAUGAAAACUAUGACAGGCGGAAGUAAUAUUGGCCUUCUGUAACUUCCUAAGAAUCUUGGUUAAAUUUCUGAAGUUCAAACAUUGAAUCCAGUUUUUUGUUUUGUUUUGUUUUGUUUUGUUUUUCCCCUGUUGUGUCUGAAGAAAAACCACAAGGUUUAGAGGCAUUUAUCAGGUCUGUUGCCAAAGUCUAGUGGCCAUACUUAAUUAAAACUACCGAAAGGUUAGAAGUGUUUAAAACUCCGUUAUGUGGUACCAUGUCUGUUUACCUAUUCUUAUGAACAACAGUAAAUCACUAGUUUACUUCUGGAAUUUUAAAUGUUAUAACCUAAUCAAUUAUUGGAAAGUGAAAAACUCCUGCCGGUCACACAACAGGGUACGUAAAUAAAUGUGUUGUUACCAGU